AUGGACAGAGAUAAUAUCUUACUGACUCUGGGGCAUAUCAAAGACGUGGUUCUGUAUAUGCGGGAUGCUCAGAGGGACAUUUGUUCUCUCAGCUCUAAAGCAGAAGAUCUAGAGGGAGAAGAAGAGACGUAUGUGACUGAUAUAAAGGCAGAAGAUCUAGAGGAAGAAGAAGGGACGUAUAUGACUGAUAUAAAGGCAGAAGAUACAGAGGGAGGAGAAGGGACGUAUGUGACUGAUAUAAAGCGUCACACCGGAGAGAAGCCAUUUACAUGUUCUGAGUGUGGGAAAUGUUUUAUACGGAAAUCAUUUCUUGUUAUACAUGAGAGAAGUCACACCGGAGAGAAGCCAUUUUCUUGUUCUGAGUGUGGAAAAGAUUUUUCACAGAAAUCAUUUCUUGUUAUACAUGAGAGAAGUCACACUGGAGAGAAGCCAUUUACAUGUUCUGAGUGUGGGAAAUGUUUUACACAGAAAUCGAAUCUUGUUCAACAUGAAAGAAGUCACACCGGAGAGAAGCCAUUUUCUUGUUCUGAGUGUGGAAAAGAUUUUUCACACAAGUCAUAUCUUGUUAUGCAUGAGAGAAGACACACCGGAGAGAAGCCAAUUACAUGUUCUGAGUGUGGGAAAUAUUUUGCACUGAAAUUGAAUCUUGUUCAACAUGAGAGAAGUCACACCGGAGAGAAGCCAUUUUCAUGUUCUGAGUGUGGGAAACGUUUUGCAGUGAAAUCAAAUCUUAUUAGACAUGAGAGAAGUCACACCGGAGAGAAGCCAUUUUCAUGUUCUGAGUGUGGGAAAUGUUUUACACGGAAAUCAUUUCUUGUUAUACAUGAGAGAAGUCACACCGGAGAGAAGCCAUUUUCUUGUUCUGAGUGUGGAAAAGAUUUUUCACACAAGUCAUAUCUUGUUAUGCAUGAGAGAAGUCACACCGGAGAGAAGCCAUUUACAUGUUCUGAGUGUGGGAAAUGUUUUACACAGAAAUCAAAUCUUGUUAGACAUGAGAGAACUCACAGAGGGGAGAAGCAACACAAAAGAAGUCACACAGGUGAGAAGCCAUUUCCAUGUUCUGAGUGUGGGAAAUGUUUUGCACGGAAAUCACGUCUUGUUAGACAUCCGAGAAGUCACACAGGUGAGAAGCCAUUUCCAUGUUCUGAGUGUGGGAAAUGUUUUACACAGAAUUCACAACUUGUUGCACAUCAGAGAAGUCACACAGGUGAGAAGCCAUUUCCAUGUUCUGAGUGUGGGAAAUGUUUUGCAUACAAAUCAGCUCUUGUUAAACAUAACAGAAGUCACACAGGUGAGAAGCCAUUUCCAUGUUCUGAGUGUGGGAAAUGUUUUGCACACAAAUCAGAUCUUGUUAUACAUCACAGAAGUCACACAGGUGAGAAGCUGUUUUCUUGCUCCGAAUGCGGGAAAUGUUGUGCAAGUAAAUCACAUCUUGUUAGACAUCACAGAAGUCACACAGGUGAGAAGCCAUUUUCUUGCUCUGAGUGCGGGAAAUGUUUUACACAAAAAUCACAUCUUGUUACACAUCAGAAAAGUCACACAGGUGAGAAGCCAUUUCCAUGUUCUGAGUGUGGGAAAUGUUUUGCACAAAAAUUACAUCUUGUUAGACAUGAGAGAAGUCACACACGUGAGAAGGUAUUUUCUUGCUCUGAGUGCGCGAAAAGUUUUACCUGGAAAUCCCACUUUGUUAUACAUCAGAGAAGUCACACAGGUGAGAAGCCAUUUUCUUGCACUAAGUGUGGGAAAUGUUUUACACGGAAAUCAAAUCUUGUUACACAUUACAGAAGUCACACAGGUGAGAAGGCAUUUCCAUGU